AUGAUAUCUGUAAAAUUUCUGCUCAUUUCUUUUUUCAUUUUACUUACAAUAAUCUCCGUAAACCCAUAUCCAAGCACGACGAAACGUAAAGCUGGAGACGUCGCUGUUGCAGUUUUUCCUCAAGCAGAUAGUGUAAGAACAGUUACCGGAGAACUUCAUUUCUCAGAAGUAGAAGAGAAGAAAGUCAACUGUAGCGGACAAUUUAAUAGUGGAUUUCCGAAUACACAUCCUGAUAAUUUUGAUUAUGUGAUUGUUGAUAGUGACGACAAGAUUUUUAAGGACUUGACUGAAGAAUUGAAAGGUGUAAUUACAAUUGUUGUUCCAGGCACGGCUCCAUUUUCAUACGUUUUUACCGGUUUUACUAUUGAUGAAAUCAAUGGAAAAAAAUUUGUGGUCAGAAGGAGUCCUCUGUCAAUUUUACAACAUCGUGAUGUGCCAAUAUAUGAUCGUAGGAUGAUACCUGAAGGUUUUGGAUUAUCUGAAGGUUUUGGAUUACCUGAAGGUUUUGGAUUACCUAAAGGUUUUGGAUUACCUAAAGGUUUUGGAUUACUUAAAGUAACUGCACCUACAAAAUGCGGAGCACCUACAGAAUGCGAAGCACCUACAGAACCUGGAGCACCUAAAGGAUCUAAAAAACCUAAAGCACCUACAGAAUCAGAAGCACCUACAGAAUCAGAAGAACCUGAAGCACCUACAGAAUCAGAAGAACCUGAAGCACCUACAGAAUCAGAAGAACCUGAAGCACCUACAGAAUCAGAAGCACCUGAGGCACCUACAGAAUCAGAAGCACCUAAAACACCUAAAGAACCUGAAGCACCUACGGAAUCCAAAGCCCUUCACAAAACUAUCACAAAUGUUGCUGUAGCCGAUGUGUUUAAACCCGGAAUAAUCCAAUGUCAUUUUUCGUUGAGCAAUUAUGGAGACAAAACAGUCAUUUUAGGAUUAUUUAACCUUUUUCAUUGCAAGCCUAAAUAUUUGAGUGUAUCAGCUGGUGAAAUCAACCUUAACAAACUAGAUAAAUUCGUAGAAGCGCUGGAAAAUUCGCAAAUUGUUGAUUAUGGAUAUGGUAGUCCGGCCAUUCGCCUUGUUAUUUCUCGUCCGCUUGAUGCAUUUGUGGGGAAAAAGUUUGUCGUUCGUUGCAAGCGACAUGUAAUUGCAUCUACUACAAUCGAAGCUUGA